GGACGCGCGUGGAUAUAAAAGCAGCCAUUUCAGCUCAACCAACAGUUACACCGAGGGGUGAGGGGUCAUUGGGCGCACCAAAAGCAGCUGGAGCAGCAGCAGCAGCUGCUGCUGCAGGUGCUGCUGCUAGGGAAGCCCCGGCAGGAGCAGGAGGCUCACCAGAUUUAGCAGCAGCUUGGGGAGGCCAGCCUUCCCCAGGAGGCAACAGGAGCCCUGCUUCUUCCCACCGUUCUUCUGCUCCCCGAUCGGCAGCAGCUGCGGCUGCUCUGAGUGCCCUCGGUGCGGCUACUCUGGCAGCAGGAGGCCCUCCUCUUGCUGCUGGCACUCCUCCUGUAGAUGCACAGACCCACGCUCCCUAUUCCCAUGGCCCAUCACCACAUAGAUAUGGUUCGGAGAGUGUGACAAGUAGUGGAACAGGUGGGGGGCGUGAGUCUGGAGGGGGUCGUGAGUCGGCUGCUAGUAGCAGAGGUGGUUGCAGCGCUGGUGGCGUUUCUGUUGCAAGCAGUGGGCAUGGGUUUGGUAAUGCAGCAGGUGCUGGUGAGCGGAUGAGUGGCGGUGGGAGUGCUGCUGCUGCAGCAGCUGCUGCUUCUGCUGCAGCUUCUGCAGCUGUGGUUACUCCCCCGGUCCCUACUCGGCUGGAUUUCCAGUCUCCUGUUGGGGAACCAGGAAGCAAGAAGAGCGAGAGUGGGAGAGGCAGAGCCAAGGAGUCUGGAGGGAAGGGGAGCGUCCUGGGAUCUGCCUGGAGAUCUGGUGGGUCGAAUAAGAAGCUGCCACCUGGCACUGAUGGGGAGCGGUGGAAUGAUGACGAGGACGAUGAUGACGUGGCAUCGUCUGAUUCGUCCUUGUGUUCGGAUUCGUCUGAGAUGUCCUCCACGCUUGUGGCGGGCGGUGGCGAGGACUCGCCAGCUGGCACAAGAGAUGGAGACUCUGCCAGCUCAGCAAGGGGGCGGUUGAAGUGGCCGUUGCGCCAGCUGGCAUCGGGGCUGACGGCAGAGGAGCUUCAAGCAAGCGCCUAUGAGGUGCUGCUGCUUGCAGCAGCGGAAUCCGGGCUUGUGUCUGCACCAGCGCCUGGUGCCACCAGUGCAAGCAGCAGCAGCAGCAGCAGCAAGAGCAAGCCCCGCCGGCCUGAAUCCCCCGUAGAGCCCAAGUCCAAGUCCCCAGGCGGCUUCAUGUCCCGCUUCGCCAAGAAGGUCGGGGUACCCAAGUCUCUCCACGCUCUCCUCCUCUCAGCCCUCUUCUUCCCACCCCCAUCACACACCGUCGAAAUGCCAUCCCCCAUCAGCCCCCUCACCGGUGCAGCAGCAGCAGCAGCAGCAGCAGCAGCAGAUCAUCCUGCCUCUCUUCAUUUUCUCUCCAUUCCUUCUCUCCAUAGGUACCCGAGUCUCUCCAAGCUCUCGUCCUCUCAGCCCUCUUCUUCCCACCCCCCUCACACACCGUCGAAAUGCCAUCCCCCAUCAGCCCCCUCACGGGUACCCGAGUCUCUCCAAGCUCUCGUCCUCUCAGCCCUCUUCCUCCCACCCCCAUCACACACUGUCGAAAUGCCAUCUCCCAUCAGCCCGCUCACGGGUGCAGCAGCAGCAGCAGCAGCUGCUGCCAUUCCCCCCCUCCCGCUCCCCCUCUGCUUGCUCCUCCACUUCUCCCCCAUCCCCGCCUCCCUCUCCUCCUCCUUCUCCCCGGGGGUUGGUGCACUCAAGGCUGCUGCUUCUUCUCUCGCUGCAAAGUUCUCCAAUCUGUCUCCAGACCUCCGCAGAGCAUUCUUCCACAGACAGGUGAAGCUGCUGCAGGAACUGCUGCUGGACGCCACAGGCAUUGCAAAGCACCAGGGCUCAGGAAAGGAAGGAGCGGCAGGAGCGGGAGGAGAGGCACAGGGCGGCGAUGAUCGUGCUGAGGUGGCAGCUGCUCUGGAUGCCAUGCUGGCACUUGUCAAGGGUCACGAGUUCAUCACCUCCCCCCCGUCCUUCGAAGCCAAGUGGAGCCGGAAACUGAGCGAGCUGCGCUGGCUGCUGGUGGGGGGAUUCGCCUGGGGCGGCAGGAGGGGAAACACAGCAGCACUGGCCGCAGCAGCAAGCAACAGCAGUGCUGGCAGUGGUGCAAUUGGUGGUGCUGGUGGCAGUGGCAGUGGUGGUAGGCAAGGGAAGCAGCUACCGGUGUUGCCUGGUGCCUGGUGUCCCUCUAGGGCCAGCUUGAACGCCUCCCUGUACCAUCAGCUGCUGUCCGCCUGCUGUGAUCCCUCCGAUUCAGCCUCUUCCAUUGACCUCCUCUUCGAGAUGGAGGAGAGAAUAGAGGCCAUCAGGCCCACGUGGCAGCCUCUGGGAGUGACACCUGUCACACACAGUGCCCUGCAAGCCUGGACUCUCUGCCAGAAGGCUUCUGUUCCAACCCUCCCUCACCCGCUCUCAUCACCAUCGCCAGCUGGCGGUCUGCCAGAUCAGCAGCAGCAGCUUCUGCCAAUCAGAGCCGUGCUUCCGCUCAUCUGCCAAUCACUGCGUCGCUUACCAACCACUGCCUGUGCCCGACCAUCAUCAUCAUCCGCAGCAGCAGCAGCAGCAGCAGCAGCAGCAGCAGGAACAGCAGCUGCAGCAGCAAAAGCAGUAGCAGCCGCAGAUUGCAGAGAGGAACCUUCAGCGAAGGUUCUCCUUCUCCCGUUCGUGCAGUCGGUGUGUCGCUUCCUGUCGUCCCUUCUAAGUGACUACCACCACACCCUGCUGGAGGCUUCCAGCAGUACUGGCGCGAAUGCAGACGGAUUGGCAGCAUUGGAAUCGGCUCUGGACUCGUACCUGUGCUGCUGCGACCUGCUGGAAGCAGGCAGGAAGAGGAGCAGCCGCAGACACACGACCCCAGGAGGAGCACCACCAAGCAUGGAGCGAGUGGAGGAGGUACUCGAGUUCGUUCACACGUCAGUGCUCUCGUCCUUCGACCGCGCCUGCCUAGACGCCAUGGCAGCAGCAGCAGCCAAAGCCCAGAAGCAGCACGCCCACGACCAGAACGCCGAUGGAAGCUCCUCCUUCUCCUUCCCAGACUCUUCCACAGACGGACCCGCUUCGGAUUUCAGAGCAGCAGGGGCGGGCGGAGAGGUGGGAUUGGCUCAGAUGGCUGAGCUGGCGAGUGUGGUUAUAGAGAGGGAGGCGGGGGGAAUGGUUGCGGGGGAUGCAGGGCGAACAGGGAAGGGAGGCGGGAGAGGAAGGGGAGAGGGAGGGGAGGGAGGGGCGGCGAAGGGUGGAUGUGUUGCGGUGUUCAGGCGGCUGGGGGUGUAUGGGACAGCAGCAGUGGCAGCAGCAGCGCUGCACCAACAGUUGGAUUCGCAACUGGACCCGUUCCUCUCAGUGGUAUCAGAGCUGCACCCCGACUGCUGCAAGGUGUUUUACGCUGUGGACGCAUUCGACAGGCGCGUGCAGCAGGUGGUACAGGGGGAGGUGCGGGCAGAGGAAGAGGAGAAGAAGAGAGCAGGAGAGGGGCAUGGGGGAUACGGCCAUGCAGCACAGAUUGCAAGCGAGCUGAACCCGUACCAGAUCGACCCUGUGAUGAAGCGUCUGUUCUCCGCAUGGGUGUCAGCGCAGCAGCAGAAGCUGCACGUGUGGAUGGAGAGGGGCGUAGAGGCAGAGACGUUUGAGCCAGCAUCGGAUACAAUCAAGCACGGGGCGUCAGCAGUGGAUGCAGUGCGGCUGGUGGAAGAGGUGCUAGAGCAGUUCGUUCGUCUCAGCCUCCCUCCCGACCUGCCCAUGCUGCAACAAAUCGUGCACAGCACCGACACCCUCAGGAGCGCCUAUGUGGCCAAGAUCUCCCCUUUCACCCCAGCGACUGCUGGAUGCAGCAGCGAGUCAACCUCAAGGUCACUUCCUCUUUCUCCCUUCCCCUCCUUCUAUCCCCUACCUCAGGUUCUAGAGCAGUUUUUCCGUCUGGGUCUGCCUCCCCGCCUGCCCAUGCUGCAACAAAUAGUUCACAGCACCGACACCCUCAUGAGCGCCUACGUGGCCAAGAUCGCUGCUCUCGGCCCCAGAGACGACCUCAAGCUCCCUCCGCCGCCCCUCACGCGCUUCAAGGAAGACCUGGCCCAGCGGCUCGCUGAUAAGGCGGAGAGAAAGGCAGAGAGGGAGGAGCGGGUGCAGAAAGGGAAAGCGGGGUAUUUGGAGGGGCUGUGGCAUGCGCGGAAGGGUGUGGGAGGUGGGGGAGGGGGAGGGGGAGGGGGAGGGGGAGCGGGAGCGGGAGUGGGAGGGAGAGUUGGGGUGAGGGUGGUUGAUGCGGCGAAAGCUGCUGCGAUUGAUGCGCUGACUAUGAAGAAGCUGUGUGUGCGGAUCAACACUCUUGAGUUCGUGACAGUAGAGCUUGACAAGUCUGAGAAGGCUCUUUGUGAGCGCUGGGACGAGUACGCGCCGCACCUCAAGAUUGAUGACAUGGCAGCUUUGGCCCCAUCCCAACUAACCUCCUCCCUUGCCUUCCGCCUAUCCACUGAGGGUGUUUCUGGGCUCAAGAGAGGAAGCUUCUAUGAGCAGACCACCACGCUUGCAGCACAGCGCAUGCAGACCUUAUCUGACUACCUCGGCACCAAGGUGGUGUGGUGGGACCUCAGGGAGGCGUUUCUGGAGGAGCUGUAUCGUGUGAGCGUGGACUCGUGCCGCAUGAGCAACCUCAUGCUCAAGCUAGACCCGGUGUUGGGGGAAAUUGUGGAGACCGUCUCAGACUCUCUGAGGGACCGUGUCGUCACCUCUCUCCUGCACUCUGUUCUGGAGGGCCUGCUGCGUGUGCUUCUGGACGGCGGGCCUCUGCGGGUGUUUGCCCAGUCAGACUACGAUGCUCUAGAAGAUGAUCUCCGCAUUCUCAAGGAGUUCUUUGUGGCGAAUGGCAAUGGCUUGCCACAGGAGGUGGUCAACAAGGCAGCAGCUCAGGUGCAGCAAGUGCUCAACUACUACUCCCUCGAUACUGCUGACGUCAUUAUCGUUUACAAGCAAGCAGCGGGAGCCAGUCAAGCGGCAGGUGGUGCGUUCCGGGCGUCUUCAUUUGUGAAGGGUGGAGGCGCGGGGCUCACUGGGCACGAUGCACAUGUGCUUCUGCGUGUGCUUUGUCAUAGGGCGGAUCGGGAAGCUUCCAAGUUCCUCAAAAAGAACAUGCACUUGCCCAAGUCAUAG